UUGUCAGCCGCCUUUAAACAUCAGAAGAAACAGAAGCUCCUCUCCGUGGCAGUAGUUUUAGUUUUACAGGUGGAUCACAGCGUGGACAGGACCUCCACUGCAGCUCCACACUGAGCGUGUCCACAGCGAGACUGCAGCUCACCCGGACACAAGAUGAGUGACGCCGCCGUGGACUCGAGCACGCUUUGCCUCUUCGAUGUUGACGGAACGUUGACUGCCGCGAGACAACGUGUCACUCCAGACAUGGCAGAGUUCCUCGACAAGCUGAGGACUCGGGUUCGAGUCGGAGUGGUCGGAGGGUCAGACCUGAUCAAGAUCAAGGAGCAGCUGGGAGAUGAUGUGAUCCACAAAGUGGACUACGUGUUUGCCGAGAAUGGUCUUGUGGCCUAUAAGAACGGACAGUUACUCUCUGUCCAGUCCAUCCAGGCUCAUAUGGGAGAAGAGCUGCUGCAGGACUUCAUCAACUUCUGUCUCAACUACAUGGCCACGAUCAAACUGCCGAAGAAGAGGGGGACGUUUAUUGAAUUCCGUAACGGCAUGUUGAACGUGUCUCCUGUCGGACGCAGCUGUACGCAGGAGGAGAGGUUGGAGUUCUACGAGCUGGAUCAGCGGGAGAAGAUCAGAGAGAAGUUUGUGUCCGUGUUACAGGAAGAGUUCAGAGGAAAAGGACUCUCAUUCUCUAUCGGAGGCCAGAUCAGCUUUGAUGUGUUUCCUGACGGCUGGGAUAAGAGGUAUUGUCUGGGGAUCGUUGAGAAGGACCACUUCUCCACCAUGCACUUCUUUGGAGACAAGACCAAACCUGGAGGAAAUGACUAUGAGAUCUACUGUGACCCUCGGACUGUCGGCCAUGAGGUCUCGUGUCCAGAGGAAACUCGACAGCUGUGUGAACAGCUUUUCUUCUCCUGACAGCAGAGACUCUUUGAUCAUCAUUCACCUGUCAGGACCUUCAGCUGAGCCCACGUCAUCAUGUCUGUGAUGGUGAGGAGGAGGAGCCACACACGGCCGAUAUCUCUGGGUGUUUUUGGUUGGGUUUAGAAUCAAUAAAAUAAAAAGACAACUUUUUUCCAAUAAGAUUCUGACUCGUUGGUAAAAACUGAACCCUGAGCAGCACAGGCAGUGCCGAGUUAAAGGAAGGGCAUGAAUGAAGGAGAAACAGGAUGAGUCUCAAUCCACAGGUCAGAGGUCACUGAUGGAGUGUGUUUACUUUAUCACUGUCUUUAUCACUGACUGAAAUGAAAACUGUAAAUCUGUUUAAGGCCUGAAGUGACUGGGAUUUGUGUUUGUGUACUGAUGUCAACAUCAUCUGAUCCUGAAUCAGCUCCCAUGUGACCACUGUGACUAACUGUGUCCACACUGAUGGGUUUUCAUCUUAAAACUAAAUCGAUCUCUGUACAGAUGAGUGUUUUAGCUCCGUCCACACUGACACACCUAAAAAAAACACGUCACCUGAUGUUCACAUACACUGAGCAUGUGCGAGUCGGUGUAAACAGGAAGCAGAUUGUCUACUCUGCAGUUGGUUUGUUAAAUUA